AUGUCAGACCAACAAAAUCAAGACCAAGGGCAAGGCCAAGGUUACAAUCAGUAUAACCAAUAUGGCCAGUACAACCAGUACUACAACCAACAGGGCUAUCAAGGCUACAACGGCCAACAAGGUGCUCCUCAAGGCUACCAAGCAUAUCAAGCUUAUGGACAGCAGCCUCAAGGAGCCUACCAGGGCUACAACCCUCAACAAGCUCAAGGCUACCAACCUUACCAGGGCUACAAUGCUCAGCAACAAGGUUACAACGCUCAGCAAGGCGGUCACAACAAUAACUACAAUAAAAAUUAUAAUAAUAAAAACAGUUACAAUAACUAUAAUAAGCAGGGUUAUCAAGGUGCUCAAGGAUAUAAUGCACAACAGCCAACCGGUUACGCUGCUCCAGCACAGUCUUCAUCCCAGGGUAUGACUUUGAAAGAUUUCCAAAACCAACAAGGCAGUACUAAUGCAGCCAAGCCAAAGCCUAAGUUAAAGUUGGCCUCUAGCUCUGGUAUUAAGUUAGUAGGUGCCAAGAAACCUGUAGCACCCAAAACUGAGAAAACUGAUGAAUCCAAGGAAGCAACUAAAACUACCGACGACAACGAAGAAGCACAAUCUGAAUUGCCCAAAAUUGAUGAUUUGAAAAUCUCAGAGGCUGAAAAACCAAAAACUAAGGAGAAUACCCCAUCUGCUGAUGAUACUUCCUCAGAGAAGACUACCAGCGCUAAGGCAGACACAUCUACAGGAGGAGCGAACUCCGUGGAUGCUCUAAUCAAGGAACAAGAAGAUGAGGUUGACGAAGAAGUCGUUAAAGAUAUGUUUGGUGGUAAGGAUCAUGUUUCCAUCAUUUUCAUGGGUCACGUCGAUGCUGGUAAGUCAACAAUGGGUGGUAACUUGUUAUAUCUGACUGGUUCUGUGGAUAAAAGAACCGUUGAGAAAUAUGAGAGAGAGGCUAAAGAGGCUGGUAGACAAGGUUGGUAUUUAUCAUGGGUGAUGGAUACCAACAAAGAAGAAAGAAACGACGGUAAAACCAUUGAAGUGGGUAGAGCGUACUUUGAAACUGAAAAGAGACGUUACACUAUUUUGGAUGCUCCCGGUCACAAAAUGUAUGUUUCUGAAAUGAUUGGUGGUGCAUCUCAAGCCGAUAUUGGUAUUUUGGUUAUUUCUGCUAGAAAGGGUGAAUAUGAAACUGGUUUCGAAAAGGGUGGUCAAACUCGUGAGCACGCUUUAUUAGCCAAGACACAAGGUGUCAACAAAAUGAUUGUAGUUAUCAACAAGAUGGAUGAUCCAACUGUGGGAUGGGAUAAGGAAAGAUAUGAUCACUGUGUUGGUAACUUGACAAACUUUUUGAAGGCUGUGGGUUACAAUGUUAAGGAGGACGUCAUUUUCAUGCCAGUGUCUGGUUACACAGGUGCAGGUUUGAAGGAACGUGUCGAUCCUAAGGACUGUCCAUGGUAUACUGGUCCAUCUUUAUUAGAAUAUCUUGACAAUAUGAAGACUACUGAUCGUCAUAUCAAUGCUCCAUUCAUGCUUCCAAUUGCUUCUAAGAUGAAGGACAUGGGUACUGUUGUGGAAGGUAAAAUCGAAUCUGGACACAUUAGAAAGGGUAACCAAACUUUACUAAUGCCUAACAGGACCUCUGUUGAAAUUCUGACCAUUUAUAACGAAACUGAAAGCGAAGUUGACAUGGCUGUUUGUGGUGAGCAGGUUAGAUUAAGAAUUAAAGGUGUCGAAGAAGAAGAAAUUUCUGCUGGUUUCGUUCUAACCUCUCCAAAAAACCCAGUUAAGAAUGUAACGAGAUUUGUGGCUCAAAUUGCUAUUGUCGAAUUGAAAUCGAUCAUGUCUGCUGGUUUCUCGUGCGUUAUGCAUAUUCAUACAGCUAUCGAAGAAGUCACCGUCACAAGAUUGCUUCACAAGCUUGAGAAGGGGUCAAACAGAAAAUCAAAGAAGCCUCCAGCAUUUGCUAAAAAGGGUAUGAAGAUCAUUGCCGUUAUCGAGACUAAUGAACCGGUAUGUGUUGAAACAUACGAUGAUUACCCACAAUUGGGUAGAUUCACUUUAAGAGAUCAAGGUACCACCAUUGCUAUCGGUAAGAUUGUGAAAAUCCUUGAAAAUUGA